AUGCACAAGCUCAAGGAGAGAAUAGUUGUAGGUCGAGAGCGCGGCGGGCUCGGCGGGGUGGUCGUGACGAGCGCGGGAGCUGCGAAGUGUGGAAGGCAACAGCCACCGCUCUCCAUCCACUCGAUCGCUGGGUUUUACACGCAGCACAGCGCGCGUCCCUCCAAGGGGAAUGUCCACGGCGCCGCGAGCACGGGCACCUCCGAGAAGCUCACGCGGCUCAACAUCACACAGCUCACGAAUGUACCACCUGAGGAACCGUGCCGGGCACUGCUGAACCUCACACGCGAUAAGAGCCAGGACACUUUCAAGCACGUUCGAGGAGCAGUGGAGCCCGUGCAGGUGUACGAGACACAUGGGUCUGCGACGUUCAACGCGGAGGCCCGAGAAAGAGUGAUGCCACCGAGUGCAUAUCCUACCUCGAUGCGCCCGCUGCCAGCUGCAUCGAGAACGACGCAGACGAGCGCGGUGAACCCAGCAAAUGGACGGGAGCGCGCCACGCAACAUGGCCUGCAGUACUGGGGCGAGUACGAGGAGGAUCGCCGCUAUGAUGCGCACGGGCGUGUGGCGUACCGCGCGAGCCUACUGAACUGUAUAUAAGUACUAUGCUAGUGUAGCUGAUAAACAAUUGUCACAUUUAC